AUGGCCAACGUAGCAGACCACUACGAAGAUCCGAUAUCGAUCGCCGUCAUUGGCGGCACGGGUCUUCAAUCUCUGAAAGACUUCACCCACGUCGCCACUCUCCAGCCAGACACCCCUUGGGGCACUCCAUCCUCGCCCAUCUCCGUCCUCCAUCACCCUUCACCCUCCACCGGCAAGCCCAUCCCAGUCGCAUUCAUCUCCCGCCAUGGCUUAUCCCACGAGUUUGCACCACAUGAAGUGCCAGCUCGCGCAAACAUCGCAGCUCUUCGAAAGCUCGGUGUACGCACGAUAAUUGCCUUCUCGGCCGUGGGCAGUCUGCAAGAGGAGAUUAAGCCACGCGACUUCGUCAUUCCAGACCAAAUCAUUGAUCGUACAAAGGGCAUUCGACCUUUCACUUUCUUCGAAGGCGGUAUGGUCGGUCACGUAGGCUUCGCGGACCCAUUCGACUCUGGCGUGGCCGAGGUCGUACGCAAGUGCGGGCACAGCUUGGAGGGAGACGGCGUGCGCCUUCAUGACAAGGGUACGAUUAUUUGUAUGGAGGGCCCACAAUUCUCUACUCGCGCCGAGAGCAACAUGUAUCGCACGUGGGGAGGUAGCGUGAUCAACAUGUCUGCAUUACCUGAGGCAAAGCUCGCGAAAGAGGCAGAGAUUGCCUACCAGAUGAUCUGCAUGAGCACGGAUUAUGACUGCUGGCAUGCCUCUGGCGACGUGACGGUCGAAAUGGUCAUGGGGAAUAUGAAAGCCAAUUCUGAGAACGCCAGACGCUUCGUGGGCUCAGUCCUCGACGAGCUCAGCAAGGAAGAGCAUGCUGAUUUGGUCUCUGCCAAGCAUUUGCAAGGCCAGACGAAGUUCGCAGGAAGCAUGACCAACGCAGCUGGAAGAUCUGCGGAGGCGAAGAAGAAGCUGGACUGGCUAUUUCCAGGAUACUUUGAGUAG